UCAUGUCUAAAAAUAACUGUAGGUCUAUUGAUACAGCGUUGAAAACUUAGAAUGAAAGAAUGUAAAAACAUUUUCACAGGUAGCCCGCAGUGUUGAGGUUGUUGAGGAGGAAACUGUGUCUGAGAACAUAAAACGCCUUGAUAAAAUUAAAGAAACUGUUCAUGGCAACGUCACCAAACAGCAGGAGAGCACACGGAGGCAUAUGAAGCACGGUGCUCCUAUACCUGCCUUCAAAGUAUGGGAGCAGUUAAACACAACCAGAUCGGGAACUACCUGCUCACUGAAGAGCUUCCUGCAGGCAGUCUUGAUCCUCAAGUGGAAUUUGAUAAAAUAUGGUCAAAUACAUUUAAAUUAUUAUUAGAAAAAAACAUGGAGAGCCUCUCUGCUAUGAUGUCUGACUCCCCUGAAAUCCAGAGGGCAUCAUCAUCAUGGACUUUCAGGCAGCAGCAAGCCUCACAAAGAUGGAAGGAGGCAAGGCCAUUCCACCUUAAAUGCCUCAUCCAAACUCAGGAUGUUGGCCAACCAUUUUGUAGCAAGCCUGCGGUUGUUAGAUGCAGAAGUGUCUACCAGAUCAGUGGUUCUGUGAAACCUGCGAUACCAAGAAUCACAGGAGAUGGCCACUCCACGAUAGGGAGUCAGUCCUUGAGGGCUUUUUUCCCAUCCACAUAUUUUGUAAGAGGGGAGGGAGGAUACAGCUCACACGACCAAGCUUGUAUUUUGCCAACGGUGAGAGUGACUCAAAAAUGUCCCUGUGAAGUCCCCAGCAUAACUGUGUCACCUGGCAAAGCGGUCAUUUUAAUUUCCAUCAAUGGGCGUUAUGACAUGCACCAGCCAUUGUUUGCAUGCCAAACAUGCCAGCAGCAGUGGGCUCCAGAGUUCAUGGACCUCGUAAACAGUGGAUACUGGCCAGCUUCCACCAGCUCUUCUACUUUGAAUUCCCUCAAUCUUUUCAGCAUUGUAAGAGAACUGAAAAUCAUCGCACCGGCACUGUCCAGACAAGCCUUUGCAAAACUGCUGGAGCAUCGUACAAAGUGUGGUGGGCAGUCAGGACCAGUGUGCGGGGACACGCUGCAGCGCAGCUUCCUGGAGUUUUCCUAUUGUGCUUUUGAGGAAGAUAACUUGUCCUGUGGUGCACCUUUCACCUGCCCCGCUUGCACCCCAGACAUGUUGGCAAUCUCUGUGGAUGGCAACAGGAAGCUAUACCGGUUUCUCCUAAACGGAAGCUCCGACUCUUUGUUUUUUGAAGGGGCAUUUAUCGCAGAAGACACAUCUGUGUCUGCAUUUGUUGAUGUCUUGCAUUAAGCUGUGAAACAGCUACCUGGACAAGGCAGAUAUGGGAGCUCCUCAUGGACAGCAGCGAAAGGAGACUUCUAGGAGGACCUUCAAGUUGGACGAAGAGGGCAUGGAGGUUGCGGGUCAACUGCGGGGGAGGAAGUUGAACAGGUGAACAGCUACCUCUCCCGCUGUGCCUUAACGACUAAAUACAUGUCAAAAGGAGCACGUGUGGAUAUGCUUACAAUCCAUGCUAUGGCCUGGAACUACAAAAAAAUCACAACACUACAUCGGGCAUUGUCUGCAAGAUAUGUGAAGGUGUUCUCUGUAAAUGGUUUCAAUUUGUGGUUAUUGUGUAGCUUUGUGUAACUGUAUUGUUUAACUGUCGCAUUAGACUUGCCAGAGGCUUCAGGAGGAGACUGCAAGUCUAGCGGAACUUAAAGAAAGCUUGGCAAUAAGGUAAUAAGGUAAUAAGGCACAUUACCUCUAUGCACGCUUCAGAAAUUACAAUGCAUUUAAAUGUCAUGUUUACCAUCAUCAUCGGCAGUCAUCUUCUGCAUCACAGUGUGUCUCAGUUCUCUGUUGCUGAAAGCCACUCAGAUGAAGGGCAGAUGAUGAUGGGGUGAGGAGGAUAUACUAGACCCUGCACAACUGAAGAGCUUACAUAUGAGAAAUCUGUCCACGUUUUACAUGAAGUUGCAGGCGAAGCACCUGAUCCCUUCCUCCACAGUACAGUUAAUUGUAAAAGAGAUUAAUAAGCUCAGUGGAGUGUGCCAGCAGUACACAAACAAUCAACUACAAGUAUCUCUUCAAACAAAAACUAAACUCUCUGAGACAGAAAUUGAAGAUGUUUUGAAAACCCUAGAUGGCAUGGAUAACAGAGAAAACAGUACUUUGAGGAAGAUUUUCCCUAUGUGCAUCCAAAAUGCAUUUUUCUGGGGAUUGAUGAAAACAGAAAGGAGUGACAUGCCCAGUAUAUUCCCAUAAAAGACACAUUAACAGCUCUCCUGAAAGAACCUGCUGUGUGGAAAGAAUGGUGUACAUUUAGGAAUGAGA